ACAGACGAAUUGUCAAUGUCAAACAAAAUGUCAUGUCACUAACCUCUUCGUUUUCAAACGUUUGUUUUUAUUUCAAGCUGUUUAAAUAUCGCUUAAAAUAUCUUAAGAAUAUAUACAAUUAUGGCCUCUGAUGCGAUUCAAGUGAGUUCAUUACCUCUACCUCCCAUGCAAUAUGUCAGCCAAUACACAGACGAGCUUAUUCGCAAAGGUAGAGCCCCAAAACCUCCGCCUCCUAUUCAGGAUACCUAUCAUAUGUUUGGAAACACUUUUAAUACGGAAGAGAAUAUUAUUAGACCUUUAGAAAGCCAGGGCAUAAAGAGAUUAUAUCCACAACAUUUUGAUAGAAGACGGGAACUAAAAAAGCUCAAUCAAUCAUUACUAGCAAAUUUUUUAGAUCUCUUAGAUUUACUAGUAAAUUGUCCAGAUUCUCCUAAACGGGCUGAGAAAGUCGAAGAUUUGAGUUUACUGUUUAUUCAUAUUCAUCAUUUAUUAAAUGAAUUUCGACCACAUCAGGCUAGAGAAACAUUAAGAGUAAUGAUGGAGCUACAAAAAAGGCAGAGGAUAGAAACGGCUAACAGGUUUCAGAAGCAUUUAGAGAAGGUAAUGGAGAUUCUUCAACAAGCAAUUCAAAAUCUUCCAGAACCGAUGGAGUUAGAUUCGAAAAUAAUGAUAGAAACUGAUUUAAUUGUUCGACAAGAAAAAAUGGACAAAAAUGACACUAAUAUUGAUCCCUGUGAUAUUAAAGAUAGAAUAAUGUGUAGUAUAGUAGAUAAUAUGCAAUAGUGAUAAAUAUUAAGAAAUUUUUGCAUUGUUUUUUUAUUAUGAUUUCUAUACAUAUGUUCUAUAAGCAAAUAUUAUAAAUUUUCAACAGUA